GGGCGCAAAAUACAGCCACACUUAAAUUUGCAUCCACAAAUCUGAAUUUAUUAUUAUUUAUUAAGUUUAUUAUGGACCUGGAACACAUGCUAGCGAAUCCUCUGGCAAGCGAUUGCAGCCCCUCAGUGCAAUCCCAGCGUCUACGUAGAAGAGAUAAACGUAGGCUCGACGAUGACAAUGCUGCCACCGAUCAUCAGCCCCCAGGAAACACUUGUAUAGCCGCAGAAUUGGCUAAUAUCUACCAAGCAGAUCGACAGCACAGCCUGCUUGCGCUUCAAAUACCUACGCAAAACCGAUCUGUUGUGCCAAGCAGCGAGUUCAUAUCCAUGCACGAUCUCCUGCUAAGUCAGUCUGAUUACGGCACCCCGGAGGAGAAGCAAGAAGCCCCAGUGCACAUAACCGAGCUGAUAUUACGAGACUUUUGCUCAUCCCCCACAUACGAAGAGGAGGAGAAUAUACCAAUCUGCGACUCACCUCCGUGGUUUCGCUUUCGAAAGAAAACAAUCAAAACCUACAGCCGCAAGCCACCAACUAGGAAACAGCAAACGGUUGCUGCCGAAGAAGACGAAGAGGAUCGAUUGAGCUGCUCCUCCGGGCUCUCGGUACAAGAGGAUCACACAGCCGUAGCCCAUGUGCCGGCGACGACGGCAUUGUGUGGAUUAGAUGCCAAUAGCUCACAAAAGAUUUGUGAAAAUCUUUUAAAUUUAAGCGAAUAUUUUUCCGUAAGUAAUGCCGGUCUGAACCCCAACAAUGCCUCCACGUCUGCUAGCGCCCAAAAAGCCCAUAGCAUCGACUUACCCAUCAAACAAGAGACUCCUAUUCAUCGCAAGAAUUUGGACUCGGAUUCAUCUGUGGAGUGCACAUCUGAAGAAUUUGAAAAUCUGGAGGAGGACCUUCUGAAGCACGGCUACACUUACGAAGCUUCUGAAGUCUGUGAUAUAAAACAACCCCCAGGAAACGAAACGAACACUCUUUUUGGCGAGAGUGAGAGUAUUCGUAGGACAUCCCCAACAAACGACAAUUCGGAAAUGGAUGCCAAAGCUUGUGGGGACUGGUCAGAAGGUGAUUCGUUUUUGGCGAAUUAUAACUCCGAAAAGAUGUCAUUGAGUAAUGAUGAACCUAUAAAAUCGGAUAAAUCUGAUGUAAAACCCACCAAACGGUUGGAAAACCCCCAACAAAGCACCUACUUUACAUUGGAAGACAUCCCAAUGAGUGAGUGGCAAACCAUAAUGGAGGUUCCCGAUGUAUCAAGUAUCAAAACGGAAGCGUCGGACAAUCAAAGUAUUAAAUUAGAGGAAAUGGGAAAAAUUGAAGCAAGGUUCCUCGAGGAAAUCCCGGAUUGGAAGCCGAAAGGCAUUGCGUUGCGUACUGCCUCAAACAAACCGAGUGAGGUGUCUGAGGAGAAUGCAAAGAAAGCAGCCAAGCUGCUGUCUGAUAUCCAGGCCGCAAGUGAUACUCAGUUCCUUCAAGAAAUUACUUUAAGCCAAUGGCCAGGCAUGGAUGUCCCAGAAGCCAUCUCAGAGGUUGUCGGCUUCCGAACAGCGUCAAACAAACCAAUUGAGAUUUCUGAGGAGAUGAAAAAGAGAGGAGCCAUGCUGCUGGCUGACGUCGAAGGUGGAGAAACGGAUCCACCAAAACAUACACGUGAAAUCCGAGAUAAGAAAUGCUUCUCUGAGGAUAUGGGAAUAGCUGUUGGAUUCCGAACAGCUUCAAACAAACCGAUUGAGGUGUCUGAGGAGAUGAAAAAGAGAGGAGCCAAGCUGCUGGCUGAUGUCGACGUUGAUACUCAGUUCCUUCAAGACAUUACUUUAAGCCAAUGGCCAGGCAUGGAUGUCCCAGAAGCCAUCUCAGAGGUUGUCGGCUUCCGAACAGCGUCAAACAAACCAAUUGAGAUUUCUGAGGAGAUGAGAAAGAGAGGAGCCAUGCUGCUGGCUGAUGUCGAAGGCGGAAAAAUGGAUAAGGAAUUCUUCUCCGAGGAUAUGGGAAUAGCUGUUGGAUUCCGAACAGCUUCAAACAAACCAAUUGAAGUGUCUGAGGAGAAUGCAAAGAAAGCAGCCAAGCUGCUGUCUGAUAUCCAGGCUGCAAGUGAUACUCAGUUCCUUCAAGAAAUUACUUUAAGCCAAUGGCCAGGCAUGGAUGUCCCAGAAGCCAUCUCAGAGGUUGUCGGCUUCCGAACAGCGUCAAACAAACCAAUUGAGAUUUCUGAGGAGAUGAAAAAGAGAGGAGCCAUGCUGCUGGCUGACGUCGAAGGUGGAGAAACGGAUCCACCAAAACAUACACGUGAAAUCCGAGAUAAGAAAUGCUUCUCUGAGGAUAUGGGAAUAGCUGUUGGAUUCCGAACAGCUUCAAACAAACCGAUUGAGGUGUCUGAGGAGAUGAAAAAGAGAGGAGCCAAGCUGCUGGCUGAUGUCGACGUUGAUACUCAGUUCCUUCAAGACAUUACUUUAAGCCAAUGGCCAGGCAUGGAUGUCCCAGAAGCCAUCUCAGAGGUUGUCGGCUUCCGAACAGCGUCAAACAAACCAAUUGAGAUUUCUGAGGAGAUGAGAAAGAGGGGAGCCAUGCUGCUGGCUGAUGUCGAAGGCGGAAAAAUGGAUAAGGAAUUCUUCUCCGAGGAUAUGGGAAUAGUUGUUGGAUUCCGAACAGCUUCAAACAAACCAAUUGAAGUGUCUGAGGAGAAUGCAAAGAAAGCAGCCAAGCUGCUGUCUGAUAUCCAGGCUGCAAGUGAUACUCAGUUCCUUCAAGACAUUACUUUAAGCCAAUGGCCAGGCAUGGAUGUCCCAGAAGCCAUCUCAGAGGUUGUCGGCUUCCGAACAGCGUCAAACAAACCAAUUGAGAUUUCUGAGGAGAUGAGAAAGAGAGGAGCCAUGCUGCUGGCUGAUGUCGAAGGCGGAAAAAUGGAUAAGGAAUUCUUCUCCGAGGAUAUGGGAAUAGCUGUUGGAUUCCGAACAGCUUCAAACAAACCAAUUGAAGUGUCCGAGGAGAAUGCAAAGAAAGCAGCCAAGCUGCUGUCUGAUAUCCAGGCUGCAAGUGAUACUCAGUUCCUUCAAGACAUUACUUUAAGCCAAUGGCCAGGCAUGGAUGUCCCAGAAGCCAUCUCAGAGGUUGUCGGCUUCCGAACAGCGUCAAACAAACCAAUUGAGAUUUCUGAGGAGAUGAAAAAGAGAGGAGCCAUGCUGCUGGCUAACGUCCAUGCGACAGAACAGCUAAAUUAUCCGAGUGACGCACAGUUCCGGAAAGAAAUGGACCUGACUGAAUUGGAUAUUCCAGAGAUAGUUAGCUUCAGAACAGCCACGAGUAAACCGAUCGAAGUUGCGCAGGAGAUGAUAAUGAAACCUGCCGAAUUGAUGACCGAUAUCGAAGCUGAAUCAACAAAUGAGCCAAGUCUGAAGAGUCCUAAGACAUUAGCCUCAAGCGAAGCCACGGAGGUAAUGGAUGCAUUAACUGGAGAUGUACUUCCAUUAAAUUGUGAGCCUGAAUGCCUGCCGGAGAUGUCAGAUUAUCUUUCCGGUGAUGAUUUCAAGGGUUUCCCAUCGGGCAAAUGCCAGCCAAUGGACUUAUUUGGUCUCCAUGUAUUUCCCAGACUAUCACAGACAGUAGAGUAUUCAUCUGAGAAGGCUCCCGCAAAUGAUGCCAGAUCUGGGACACCUAAGCAACGACGCGAGACUUCCGACGGAAUCCCCUCGAGCAAGCGUCGACGUCGAAACGCAGAGCCCCAACUUUCAUCCUCCCCACAGCAAAAACCGCAGAACGGUACACAGCUCUCCAAAACAACGUCGUGGCACAGUGCAUUGGGAUCCCCAAUCAACUCGCAGAGAAUCCCCGCCUCUUUGUCGCAACUGGCAGAGCGUUCGCCCCUCGACCGCACCACAAAGACGUCCGUGAUUGGACGCCGGAAUCUGUUGUCGCUUAGCAAGCGACGCAAGCGGGUCAGCACCGUUGGUGAAUGCCAGGCCCAGGACACUGUCACUCCGGUUAAGCCCCGCUUUGCCCCGAUGUCUGCUUCGACCAGCACGCCGCUGUCUAACAGGAAUAUAAACCUGGUUGAGGAAUACCGCGGUGGAGAGGACGUCUCUCCCAUUUGCAUGCCCCCUCAGAAAGCUCCCCGCAUUGGCUUGAGUCGCAGUCGAUAUUAGCAAUGUUUUUUUUUUUUAGAUUUCUACUUAGUCGUAGUCAUACGCUGCCGGUUGGCUUUUUUUGCGCUACAUACAUAACAUAUGUACAUCCAGAUAUCCAGAACUUCCUAAUGUAUAUACCUAUAUUAAAAUUUAUAACAUAUGACUACUUAUAAGCGAGUAAGAACAAAGAUAUAAGAUAACAAUCGAAGAGUGUAAUUAAAAAAUACUCGUAAAUGCGAA